UCAAUAAAUAAAAAAAAUUUGUUUAUACAAAUUGUGAAAAAAAAAUUAAAAAGUCCCGAGUUUAAAAUAAAAACACGAUGACAGUAUUGUAAUUGUUAUAAAGAUAGUGAGAGACAAUUGAGUGUGAAAACAUUUUCAGUGAAAAAGUGCUUCAAAAAAAUUACAGUUAAAAAAAUUGAAAACAUGUUGCUGAGAUUUACGAUAAUUGGAAGUCUUUUAAUUAUUCUGAGUAUUUGCCAUGUGGAGGGCAAUAAAAAGGCAAAAUUUGUGGCCCUACAAAGUAAAGAGACAUCGACGGCAAAUUUUUUUCGUCUUUUAUUAAUGAGAUUAGUUUUUGGAAUUGCUUCGGCAAUGGGAUGGGGCGAAAGUUUAGCAUCAUUCAUGAAUGGAGCAUUCGUACCACCUGGAUCAGACUACGAUGAUUAUGAAGAAGAAUUUAUUCCUGGACUAUUUUAAAAACAAAAAUCUAGAAGUUAAUUUCCUGCAAAAUAAGAAAAAUUUAAAAAUUGGAAUAGUUUUUUUUUUGAAAAAUCAAUUGUAUAAUUUUGAAAAUGAAAUGCCAUUGUAUGUUAAUCAAAUUUAACGACUGAAAAAUAAUUUUUCUUUUGAGAAAGAUAGUAGAAACGAAUGUAGAUAUGUAUUUUUAAAUAUUUAUGUUAGUUAUGUUUUUUUAGUUAAUAUUUAUUAUUUUUAUAGUUUUUGAUAGGUUUUGAAUAUUGUCAAUAUUUAUU